UUUCUUCUGUUUUUCCUUUCUUCUCCGGCGAGGUUAGCUUUCGCCGUUCGUGCUGCAUUGAGUAGCUGACCGGCGCACGUCCUGCUCUCCAAGUCCCCACGCCAGUGACGAGCUGUGCUCCAAAACCAAACUCCACCGACUCCAGAUCACAACAUCGGCCAGAGGAGAUAACCGCCACCGCCGCCGCCUUGCCUGGAAAUCGGCACACCGCCCACGGUUAGUUUCCCCCCCUAAUUUUUGUUUUCUCCUUUGAUUUUGAUACAGAAGAGAAGGUAGAAAUAGAGACAGAAUCAGGAUGAGAAAGAAGAGAAAUUGCAGAAAAAGAAAGUUAAGAGGAAGAAAAUGAUACAGAUUAAAAGACAAGGAGCCAUUUGCUGAUUUUACCUUGUCAAUCUCUAUAAAUCUCUAUAAAGAGGUGACCGAAUGUUUGUUAUUUAUUUAUUUAUUUAUUUGUGUGUAAAUUGGGCGUAAUGUUUACAUUUCCAAAAUCAUGCUUUGCCCAACUGUGGAGGCUAAGAAUACCGACGCCAUUGCUUUACAAUCAUUAUUGACAGAGCUGCAAAGUGUUUUGCGUAAGGUCAUUUGUAAUGGGAGUAAAAGGGAACUAGACCGAUUCUUCUCCUUCUUCCCGGAAGCAAGAUCUUAUCAGGUAAUGUUAAAGUCUGCCCUUCAUGUUGCAAUUACCGCUGGCCAGGAGGACAUAGCAUGCUUCCUCUACCGAGAGACUCCUUCAGAAUUUUUACGUGGAGAUUAUGGCUUCAUUCUUCUUGAAGAGUGUAUAACUAAGAAAAUGUUCAAAAUUGCAUUGGAUUUACUCGUCCGUUUUCCGGAGUUGGCAACUAACAAACCCCCUCAGGGUUACAUGCCAAUCAUUUUAACACUUGCCAAAACACCACCCCUGUUCUUCAGAGGAAGUCAACUUAAAUUUGUGAGAUUGUGGAUAUAUCGUUGCAUAGUAGUAAAUGUAGACUUGAUCAGACCAAGCGAUGCAGCUCAUGGUGACUCACGACAAGGACCCUCGCGUUAUCGUCAAUCUUGUCUUCAAUUCCUAAAGGCACUACUACGCAAGUGGGUUACAACUCUUUUAAAGAUCCUUGCUGUUGAACUCUUCUCCUUCCCUGAAACCAGAUCUGCUUCAACCUUUUAUUUAUUUUUUUUUUUGGGGCUGCUUGGCGAUGACAAUGAUGAUGGUGGUGAUGGUGACGAUGGUGAUGGAAAACAGAGGGAUCUAUGGUUCUGCCCCUCUCCUUCUAUUUCGGUGGUGAUUGAGGAUGGUGAUGGAGGUGGAGGUUGUGAUGAUGGUCUAGAUCUACAGAAGGGAGAAGAAUCGAGAGAGAAGAAGAGGUGGGUUCUCGGAGAACUCAAUCUAGCAAAACAAAUAUAUGAUCUAAAAUCGAGAGAUGUGUAUGCUGGUGAGGUUGUAAGUUUCUUAUGUCAGAAAUUGCGAGAUUUAGAACACAACCAAUUUGUGCAAGGUAGAGCAGUGGCAGCUAUCUUUCUGGCCAUUAAGAAUGGAAACCCGGAGCUUGCGAUUGAAAUUGCAAGAGCUAAGGAAGACAUAUUGUGGACCAGCAUUGAUCCUGAAGAUUCAAGAACCAUAUUUGCAUAUGCUAUAGCACAUCGUCAAGAGGAAGUGGCAAAAUUUCUUUAUGGAUAUCAGGCAGAUAAAUUUUAUGACACUGGUGAAAUGGCAGCAUUUCUUAAUGGAUAUAAGGCAGAUAAGUUUUAUGACAAAUUUUAUGACACUGAUGAAAGGGGAAACAAUAACUUACAUCUAGCAGCAAAGUUGGCUCCUCAUUUUCAACUAGAUCGCAUCUCUGAUGCAGCUUCGCAGUUGCAAAGUGAAGUACGCUGGUAUAAGUCGGUGGAAGGAAUUCUUCCACGGUUCUACAACGAACAGAAAAAUAAAGAUGGUGAAACUCCUUACCAAAUGUUUGUUAAAGAACAUAAGAACAUGUUAAAAGAAGCUGAAGCAUGGAUGAAGAAAACUGCAGAAUCUUGUACAGUCAUAGGUGCUCUUAUUAUCACUAUUAUGUUUGGUGCGGCUUUUACUGUUCCAGGUGGGAACGAUCAAAAUACAGGCUUCCCCAUAUUUUUGAACACAACGGCACCGGUAGAAUCUUUUACGGUUACACCGUUUAAGGUAUUCAUAAUAUCAGAUGCAAUUUCCCUUUUCACUGCAGCCAGUUCAGUGUUAAUAUUUUUGGGGAUUCUCACUGCACGUUACGCUUAUGAAGAUUUUCUUAUAUCAUUGCCCAUGAAGUUGAUUUUUGGUCUUUCUUUUCUCUUCAUCUCUAUUGCAACAAUGACAGUAGCAUUUUGUGCUACUCUUUACGUGAUGCUACGAGGUCAACAGAAGGAAGUCAUUCCAAUAACUGUGCUUGCUGGUAUUCUUAUCAUUUGCCUUGUGUUGAUGCAGCUUCCUCUUCUUCUUAACAAUAUGGCUUUAACUCCUAGGCCAAACAUCUUUGAUAGAAAAACCGCAAUAGCACAGUUGUUUGAAUUUCUUGCCCGUAAGAUUCCUAUCGUUCCAUCUGUGGUAAAAGUAGUGGUCACUAAACUGAUCCGACGGAUCUAAGAAGCAGAAACGGAUGGUCAUGGUUAAUUGUAUUUUUCGUUUUUUAGCUAUGUGAAGCAAUUAAACGACUCCAGUCUAUAUAUUUUCUAGUUGGAAUAAAUACUUGGUGGAUCG